CAGCAACGCUUCGCCACCGAGCCGCGAGCGGGGGACCCAAUCGGCGUCUGCAGGGCCUCGCUGCACACCAAAGAGUGGGGGAAGCAAAGAAGAUCCGUUCCGGCAUUUAUUUACCGCUGCUAUUCAAAAGAGGCCUAUAUUUCAACCUGGCUAUUAUUAAUUUUGCAGGUCUGAACGGCUUGGGGAGUUUUCCCUCGUCUCGGAGGAAUCUGCAGAUGAUCAGGGAGCAGGUGCGCUGCCGGAUUUGGUCUCAGAGGCUAUUUGUCUCCUCGCCCCUGAAAGGGUUACACUCCAAGUGGCAGCGCUGAGAUUUUUUUUUUUUUAUCGCUUCCGGGCGAUACAUCAAGAGAAGAAUUAGCGGAUCCCCAUCGCCGGUGAAAAACUCCAGCAGCAGCCCGAGCAUCGAUGCUUCGUGCGGGCAGGAUGGAGGAGUUUGUGACGGAGGAAGAGGAGCCGUGGUACGAUCAGCGGGACUUGGAGCAAGACCUGCACCUGGCAGCAGAGCUGGGCAAGACUCUCCUGGAGCGCAACAAGGAGCUGGAGGACUCCCUGCAACAAAUGUACAUCAACAAUGAAGAACAAGUGCAAGAGAUAGAGUACCUGUCCAAGCAGUUGGAGAUGCUAAGGGAGAUGAACGAGCAGCACGCCAAGGUGUACGAACAGCUGGACGUGACCGCCAGAGAGCUGGAGAUCACCAACGAGAAGCUGGUGCUGGAGAGCAAGGCCUCGCAGCAGAAGAUAGACAGGUUGACGGGCACCAUGGAGACCUUGCAGUCCCAGGUGGACAGUCUGACAGCCCGGGUAGAGGAGCUGCGAACUCUGGAGGAGCUGAGGCUCCGCAGAGAGAAACGAGAACGCCGCAAGACCGUGCACUCCUUCCCCUGCCUCAAAGAACUCUGCACUGCCCCGAGGUAUGAGGAUGGCUUCCUGCUGGCCAACCCAGGCAGUGUGGACCUGGCAGAGCGGCGGCCGGUCGAUGAGGAGAAUGAGCGGCUGAGGGACAUCGUCACCUCCCUGCGCUCGGCCAUGGCAGCGGAGCGGAGCAGGCGGGAGGGCGCCGAGCGGGAGUGCACCGCGGUGCUGCAGGAGUUUGAGCGCCUGGAGCAGCGUCUCCUGGGCGCAGAGGGCUGCCAGUUGCGGGUUCAGGAGCUCGAGGCGGAGCUGCAGGAGAUGCAGCAGCUCAGGAAGUCCAGGGUGUGUCUGAUUGGGGGCAUGGAAGACGGCCUAGAGACGCUGCUUAACAGUGCUCCCGAGACAGACACCCCGGAGGAGGGCACCGGGCUGGAGGAAGGAGGUGAAGGGGGCGUUGGGGAGGCAGGGGGCAUGGGGCAGCAGGGCGGCCCGGUGAGGAAGAGCUGCAGCGACACGGCUCUGAAUGCCAUCUCGGCCCGCGAUGCCUCGGGCAGGCGGCAGGGCAGUUACGCUCUGCAUGCCAACGGCGUGCGCAAACGGGGUAUGUCCAUCCUGAGGGAGGUGGACGAGCAGUACCACGCCUUGCUGGAGAAGUACGAGGAGCUGCUGGGGAAGUGCCGGCGUCACGAGGAGAGUCUGUGCCACGCGGGGGUGCAGACGUCCCGGCCCGUCUCCAGGGACCCCUCCAUAAAGGAGUACAGCAUGGUCUCUCCUGGGCCCUCUACGUCAGGGGCCGUGGCCACCCCUCCCACACCCCCUCAGACGCCCUCCACCCCCGAGGCCCUGGAGGGGAUCAGCAGGCAGGUGGAGCAGGUGGACAAACGGCUGGGCCAGAACACGCCGGAAUACAAGGCCCUGUUCAAGGAGAUCUUCUCCCGCUUGCAGAAGACCAAGAGUGACAUGAACUCCACCAAGAGCAGGAAAUCUCACAAAUGAGCUAGAACUCAUUCAGUGACUGCUACCACUAAUAACAUGCACUGGAAGCCUCAGACAUCUUUAUUUAUCCUAAUUUAUCUCACUGUUUUGAUGGCUGCUUGUUAAAUGUUUGGUCACUCAUGUCUUAAUGGCAGGUCUUAACGCCAGUAGUCAUGCAACAGGGCGAUUAAUGAUACACAGUCUGUCUGCUGUGGAUGCCUCCCUUUGCACUUGCAAGCUAGCUUGAUUAAUUAACUGCCAAAUAUAUUACAUAUCACAUGGAUGAAAGAUUGUAAAUGUGGUAAAUUAAUGUCUGGGCGGAUGAAAUGCCUUUCUUGAGCGACCACAACGGACAAAUAAUUAGUGCACUAAAGGAUUUGUUUAGGCUGUCUUAAGACGAUCCUCUGUGUAACGUAAUAUUUGGAGCUGAGGAUGUGGCAAUGCAGCAGUGACUUGACUGUUGCCAGUUUUUCCCCCCAUGAAAAAUUCAGCAAAACCACGGCUCUGCCAAUGCUGCCACUGCUUGAGUUUCAAAAUGAAAAAAACAAAAUUAAACAAAGCUGAUGUCCUUAGACUCCUCUAAUUAUGGCAUUAAAUGAAAGUGGGCAUGAUGCAUGAGGCAAUCUAUUAAAAAUAUAUUAAACGCUAAAUUGCUCUUCAACGGCAGGCAAAGAUAAAAGUAUAAGCUUCUGAUGUUAAAUGAAGGAAAUACAGUCGGUGAUGCUUAAAGAAAAGAGCUCUGAAGACAUUUAGGUUGAGCAUAUGUGUGUGUAUGUGUAGAUGUACAUUAGAUUUUCUGGAUGGGUGCCAUGUCUUUAUAAGACAGCUGUUGGGCUGUCAAAAUGCACUGCGCAGAAAUGUUAAUUAUGUUUGUCUGAUGUAGAUGGAUGUUUUGUUUAUUUAAAUGGGUUAUUAUAACUUGUUGAGUGAAGCCAUUGGCGCCUGAAAUGUCAUAGAGGUCUAGUUUUUUCUUGUUUUAUAGCAUGCAUCAUUAUUUCUGGGAGCUUAGGCUUUCCUGUUUUCUCUGUUGCAGGGGCUUGUUUUGAUUGCUUUUUUAGGGGGUGAAAUUAUUCUCCAUCAGAUCCUCACUGUGCUAUCUCCAUGUUAAAACUGAUAACUUAAUUGUACUUGUAACAGCCCAUUUAAAGUGAUUUCUGUUCAAUUAAAAUAUGCAACAUGG